AAUACACGCGCACGUACUUUUUUCCGAUCACCUCCCAUCUGUUCACUUCUGCACCAGCCUUAAGAGGAAAAGGGUCCCGUUUACUGUGAUCGCCGUGUUUACAUUCCUUCCCCUCACAUUUAUCCUAUUUCUAAAGAAGCCAGUCGUUUGAAAACAGUAAGGAUGUCAUUGUAUCCAUCCCUAGAAGACCUUAAAGUGGACAAGGUCAUCAAGGCUCAAUCCCAGUUCGCCGGUGCCACCUCCAGCACCCCAGCCAUCACUCAGGGGGUUUACCAGCCACAGCCUGCAACGCAGGGGAUGCCAAGCUCAACUCUGUAUCCCAAUCUGCAGGAGCUGGGAGACUAUAUGGGCCUCAGUCUGAACAGCGAUGAGGUUCAGAGAAACCUUGCGCUGGUCCCGGUGGCUGACAGUCAAGUGGCAGUGCCAAGUUGUGUGGGUGGCAUGGUGCGGCCUGUGACCGGUGCUGACAUAGGAAUCAGGAGGGCAGAGAUUCGCCCAGGUAUUCGGGAGGUCGUCAUCUGCAAAGACCAGGAAGGAAAGGUUGGACUCCGACUCCGAGAUAUUGAUAAUGGAGUGUUUGUCCAGCUGGUGCAGGCGAACUCUCCUGCGGCGUUGGGUGGCCUGCGUUUUGGAGAUCAGAUUCUGCAGAUCAAUGGGCAGAAUGUUGCUGGCUGGAGCUCAGAUAAAGCCCACAAAGCUCUGAAGGCAGCAGCCGAACAGCGCAUCGAGCUCAUUGUCCGUGACAGACCAUUCCAGCGCACAGUCACCAUGCAUAAGGACAGCUCUGGCCAUGUGGGCUUCAUCUUUAAAUCCGGACGCAUCACCUCUCUAGUGAAGGAUGGUUCUGCUGCCCGCAACGGCCUGCUCACCGAUCACUUCAUCUGUGAGAUCAACGGCCAGAACGUCAUUGGACUCAAGGACACUCAGAUUAAGGACAUCCUGACCACAUCUCCCACUGCCAUGACCAUCACCAUCAUGCCGAAGUUCAUCUAUGAGCACAUGAUUAAGAAGAUGUCUGGCGGCCUGCUGAAGUCAUCCAUGGAUCACUCUGUGCCUGAGGUCUGAACACAGAAGACCACACACACCCCUUCCACAUUGCCUACAAUCUCUAGCCUUCCCAUAAGAGCCUUCCACCACAUGGGUCGUCCAUCACUGAUCGGACAAACCUCCUCAAUCACAUUCAUUUAUAACAUGUAAAAACUGCCUUUUUUCACUUUCACUUGUUGGCUGUUAUCGUUUUGCCUUCUAGUUCUUGAUUCUGUCCUAAAUGCCAUUAUUGCCAUUAUGUAAUUGUUGUCAUAUUACAUGUUAUAUAAUAAUCCAUUGUCACUGAGGAUUAUUAUUUGAUUGUUUUAUUUUUGCUAGGGGGGGGGCAAGGGGUUAAAAACUGAACCUGAGCUUCUGUUUUGUAAAGCAUUAGCUUCAACACUCCUGACUUUUCGGUUCCUCCCACUAUGCACAAACACUUGUUUCAUUUCUUUUUUUUUUUUCUAUAUGCCAAUAGCUGUACUCUGCCAGAAGGAAUUAAUGGACAGAAUUUGUAAUGCAGCAAAUCAUUUUAGGGGUUUUAUCUUUGAUAACAUUCUGUCAUUAGCCUGUAAAUGUCUCUAAAAAAUUUAUAUACGAAUGUAACCUCAAGACUGAAAUUAUUACAAAAAUAAAUGAUCAUCCUGGUGAUACCAAUGGAAUGUACUGCCAAUGCUGAUCUCUCUC